UAUUCUCCUUCCCUCAAGACUCGUUCAUUGUUCCGAACAUAUGUCAAGUAUAUAGAACGAACGGGAAGAGAAAAACGGUCUAUUCGAGUAACCGUUGACGAUGAAGUGGGGGUUCUCCGGCUGUGUGGCAGCGUUGCUCGCAGCCACAGUCUCGGGCUGGCCCUAUGAAGAAUCCUUGGUGGACUACAACUUGAACGUGAACAAGGACACCACCGAUCCUGCCAAAUACGCGGCACCGUCGUGGCCAGGCCACAAGUACACCCCCUCUCCGAAGAACUGGCGGUUUCCCUUCUACACACUCUUCAUUGACCGGUGGGUCAAUGGUGAUCCCACGAACGAUAACAUCAACGGCACUGUCUUUGAACAUGAUUUAGACUCGACGCAAAUGCGCCACGGUGGUGACGCUGCUGGAUUGGUGAACACUUUGGAUUACCUACAAGGAAUGGGCAUCAAGGGUAUCUAUCUCGCGGGUACCAUCUUGAUGAAUCAGCCUUGGGGAUCGGACGGUUAUUCGGCUCUCGAUACUACGCUUCUCGAUCAACAUUUCGGUACAAUUCAAACAUGGAGAAACGCUAUCGAUGAGAUUCACAAGCGAGGGAUGUAUGUCCUCUUUGACAAUACCAUCGCAACCCUGGGGGACUUGAUCGGUUUCGAAGGCUAUUUGAAUGUGACAACUCCGUUCUCUGUCAAAGAGCACAAGACUGUUUGGAAAUCAGAACGUCAAUAUGUCGACUUCCGCCCUGGAAACAGUUAUAACGACACAUGUGACUACCCUCGCUUCUGGAAUGAGACAGGUUGGCCCGUGGACCAGAAUGUUCGUGACCAGCUCGUCGGGUGUUACGACAGUGACUUUGAUCAAUACGGUGACAGAGAGGCCUUUGGUGUUUACCCUGAUUGGCAACGUGAGCUGGCGAAGUUCGCCUCCGUCCAGGAUCGUCUGCGCGAAUGGCAUCCCAGCGUGAAAGAGAAGAUCAUGGUUCAUUCUUGCAACAUCAUCAAAGCUCUUGAUAUUGACGGUUUCCGUUACGACAAGGCAACGCAGGCUACCGUGGAUGCUCUCGGCGAUAUAUCGAAUCAUUACCGAGAGUGUGCGCGUAGUGUUGGAAAGAACAACUUCUUCCUACCUGGUGAGAUUACUGGUGGUAACAAUUUCGGCUCCAUCUACUUGGGACGAGGAAGACAGCCAAAUCAGUAUCCUAAAUCCGCUAUGGAUGCGAUGGCCAUGACGAACAAGUCCGAUCAGCAGUACUUUCUACGUGAGAACGAUCUCCAGGCCCUCGACGGUGCUGCUUUCCAUUAUUCGGUGUACCGCACGCUCACCCGCUUCUUGGGCAUGAGCGGUAACCUAGCAGCCGGCUACGAUACUCCUCUCGACUGGGUUGAUUCAUGGAACAUCAUGGUGCAGAGUAACGAUAUGAUCAACGCUGAAACCGGCAAAUUCGAUCCUAGGCAUAUGUAUGGCACAACGAACCAGGAUGUGUUCCGGUGGCCGGCGAUUCAGUACGGUGUGGAGCGAAACCUUCUAGGACUGUUCAUUACGACUUUGCAAAUGCCGGGAAUCCCGUUGCUGCUUUGGGGAGAAGAACAGGCCUUCUACAUCCUGGAUGCCACUGCAGACAACUAUGUGUAUGGACGUCAGGCUAUGUCACCUGCCACAGCUUGGAAAACUCACGGUUGCUGGGCUCUUGAUGCAACCCAGUAUUAUGACUGGCCCAUCGAACAGGGCCGGCAGGGCUGCCAUGAUCCAAAAGUGGCGUACGAUCACCGCGAUCCGUCUCACCCCGUUCACAACAUUAUCAAACACAUGUAUCAGUUGAGACAAGAGUUUCCUAUCCUCAACGACGGGUACUCCCUCCAAACCCUCUCAAAGCAGACACGCGACAUCGUCUAUCCAGGAUCGAACGGCACGGCUACGGAGACAGGAAUGUGGUCUAUCCUUAGAGAUCGAGUCUCAAGUUUGCAGAAUCUGGGUGAUGAGGGUGGUAACAUGCCGGUUUGGCUUGUCUACCAAAAUGACAACAAGACUAUGGAGUAUAAGUUUGAUUGCGGAAGCAAUGCAAGCGCCUUGAUUUCGCCGUACACCACCAAGACGACCGUCAAAAAUCUCUUUUACCCUUUCGACGAACAUACUCUGAAGUCUGGCCCGAAAGCACUUCACCUGAACGGCUCGAAGGAACUCAAUGGGUGCUUAGACAGUAUCACCCUGAAGCCAUUUGAAUUCAGGGCCUAUGUUCCAAAAGCCCAGUUUGUCGACCCUCGCCCCAUGAUCACCAAGUUCACGCCCGGACACGACGCCCCCCUGCUCUCUAUGGUAGCUGCAGACAAAUCUGAAGACAUCAAUGUGAGCAUUGAGUUCUCGACGGCCAUGGACUGUGAUGCUGUAACCAAGGCUAUCUCGUUUACGUCGCAGACCGAGUCAGGCAAAGCACCAUCCAUCGACAAAGGAAGCGUCAAUUGUAAGAACAUGGAUGCGAAUAAUACACAAUACGUUGCCCAGCUACCCAGCGCUUGGUCUUGGUCAGCAAAGUUGACCGGGGUGUACAACGGCGUUCAUCGCUUGACCGUCAAGAAUGCCACCGGCUCAGGCGGCAAAUCCACGCAAGCAACAGAUCACUUCUUGUUCCGCGUGGGUCAAAGCGAUAACCCAAUGGUAUUCACCACUGCCAAUUACACGAGCGAUCUCGUGCACGGCAAUGACAAUGGAACCAUCUUCAUUCAGCAUAAAGCGGCAGGUGCCAAUAAGUGGCGGUAUUCGACAAACUGGGGUAGCUCUUUCUCCGCGUGGAUGAACUACACUGGGGGGAACACUACUAUCGAGGAACUGCCUUGGUCUGGAACGGACAAACAAAAGUGGCAAGGAAAGCAUGUUCGAGUUGAAUACUGGAGUCAGUUGACUGGCAGCAGCGACUACGUCCAGGAGGGUGACUAUGACUGGAAGGGGCCUGUUCGACGCUUCCCACACCUUUUCUUCAACGGUCCCUACAAUCAAUACGGAUACGAUGCCGGUGUUAACAACGUCGCCAAGCAAGAUAGCGAUGGCUUCUGGAACUUCCGGGUCAUCGCCGAAUACCCGGCGCAAGGCCAAUUCAAUGUUUGGGGCAUGAACCCAGAUGGAAAGCCCGAUGAGAGUUUCGUGUUCGGUGAUGUCGAUGGGGAUGGAGUCUUGGAUCGCAUGCCCCCUUCCUCCCUCGCCAAACUGUCCGUUAAUAUCACCGAAAUUCCUCCGUCGCCUUACCUGGUCUGGAACGUCAAAGUUGAUGAUGGCACUAUGAAAAUCAACCUGGUGCCCACUGGCUCCAGAAUCGCUCAGCUGAUCAUCUACAUCAUUCUAUGGGUGGUUCCAAUUCUGACCGCCAUCGCUGUUGUUUAUGCUUUUAUGAAGUCGUUCUACCAAAUCAAGUUCAACCAGGUUGGAGUUAUGGAGAAGAAAUCGUUCUUGGGCAGGAUUCUCGGCAAUAAACGAGGUGGACAGUCGUCAAACCCUCUGGUUCGCUUUGUGAACAAGUCUGGUUUCCUCCAAAGCACUUCUGCAUUCGGCGCCGCCGCCUCGCGUACACGGACCACGCUGAUUGCAACCAUGGAGUAUGAUAUCGAGGACUGGGGCAUCAAAAUCAAGAUCGGUGGCCUUGGAGUCAUGGCCCAGCUGAUGGGUAAGCAUCUUGGGCAGCAGAAUUUGAUCUGGGUCGUGCCAUGUGUUGGUGGCGUUGACUACCCAGUGGACCAGCCAGCGGACCCAAUGUUCGUGACGGUGCUUGGGAACACGUACGAAGUCAAGGUUCAAUACCAUGUGAUCAAGAACAUCACCUAUGUUCUCCUUGAUGCACCGGUGUUCCGUCAACAGUCAAAAGCCGAACCGUAUCCUGCUCGUAUGGACGACCUGGAUAGCGCAAUUUACUAUUCCGCUUGGAAUCAGUGCAUUGCAGAAGCCAUCAAACGUUUCCGGAUCGAAUUGUAUCAUAUCAACGACUAUCAUGGCUCAAUCGCCCCGCUCUACUUGCUUCCUCAGACCGUCCCAGUCUGUCUCUCGCUUCAUAACGCUGAGUUCCAGGGACUUUGGCCUAUGCGCACUCAGAAGGAGCGAGAUGAGGUCUGCUCAGUAUUUAACCUUGAUAUCAAUACUGCACGCCGUUACGUCCAAUUCGGUGAGGUCUUCAAUAUGCUUCACGCAGGCGCGAGUUAUCUUCGUGUUCACCAACAGGGCUUCGGAGCUGUUGGCGUGUCCCGCAAAUACGGCAAACGGUCAUAUGCUCGCUAUCCGAUCUUCUGGGGUUUGAAGAAAGUGGGUAACCUGCCGAAUCCCGAUCCAUCCGAUACUGGCGAAUGGAACAAGGAACUCCCCAAGGACAGUGAGAUCGAGGUCGAUCCUCUUUACGAGGCAAGCCGGGUUGAAUUGAAACGCCAGGCACAAGAAUGGGCAGGUCUGGAUCAGAAUCCCAACGCAGAUCUUUUGGUCUUCGUUGGGCGCUGGUCCAUGCAAAAAGGAGUCGACCUCAUCGCUGAUGUUAUGCCUGCGGUCUUGGAAGCGCGCCCUAAUGUCCAACUGAUCUGUGUUGGGCCGGUUAUUGAUCUUUAUGGUAAAUUUGCCGCCUUGAAGCUCGAUCAGAUGAUGAAAGUAUACCCGGGACGAGUGUUUUCCAAGCCUGAGUUCACGGCCCUUCCGCCAUACAUAUUCUCCGGGGCCGAGUUCGCGUUGAUUCCGUCUCGCGAUGAACCUUUUGGCCUAGUCGCAGUUGAAUUUGGCCGCAAAGGGGCCCUGGGUAUUGGAGCUCGCGUCGGAGGCCUCGGUCAAAUGCCUGGUUGGUGGUAUAACAUCGAAUCUACGACAACGUCUCACUUGUUGCAUCAAUUCAAACUUGCCAUCGCAAGUGCAUUGAACUCAAAGCCUCAAGUCCGGGCGAAGAUGCGUGCACGAUCUGCAAAGCAACGAUUCCCUGUCGCGCAAUGGGUUGAGGAUCUGGAGAUUCUCCAGUCGACUGCCAUACGCAUUCAUAGCAAGGGUCUCACUAAGUCGAACAGUCAGCCACUGACACCUUCCGGAUACAACACGCCGAGUGGUCUCAUGACGCCUACUAUUGCUUCUUCUGGGCAGCUCACUCCGAGCGGGGUACAGACACCUCCUCUCACCCACUCGCGCGAGGGAAGCUAUUCAAACGUCAAUCGUCUGAGUGCUUACGGGCCACAGCAACGAAACACCAUUGUGUACAGCCGGGAUCCGAGCCCCGGCGCUAACGAAAAGCCAAACUCAGGACUCAGCAGACAGCUGUCGCUUGGUGUACGGUCUGGACCCGGUCACCUCGUUCGUCGUGGUCGCCGUCGUCUGAGGAGAAGCAUGGGACACGAGGACCCUGCCAACAAUUCGAACACGGAGGAGAGUAGCGAUGACGACUUUAUUCCCAGCUACUAUGGCGAGGAAGAAUACACACUCACCCCGGAGCAAGCAGAGGAAGGGCGCAGAGCAGAUGCAGCCCCUCAAUUGGACAUGCCCCGACAGACGCCUCCCAGAGACUUCUUCAGCCGCAGACAAUCCAGUCAGAGCUCCCUUCCACCCAGGCCCAUGCUGAGUCCAGCCAGCCCCGGAAGUCCGGAGCCUGAGGAAGCCCUCGUGUCCCCUGUGAGACAGUAUGCCAACGAGCCCGGAAACCGACUCAGCAGUGCGUCUGUGCUUUCCGUCGAUACCAUUAUCGGGGAGAAGAAGGACUAUAAACUGCAGAAGGUCGAUCCAUUUUUCACCGACAGCACAGGUGAAUACUACAAGGUAUUCGAAAAGAGGUUGGAGAAGCUGAACGGAUCCAACUCUGAGUCCCAGCUUUGCAUUGAGGAGUACCUCAUGAAGAGUGAGAAGAAGUGGUUUGACAGGUUCAGAGAUGCCCGGCUAGGCCGCAACCAAUCGCCCGCCUCCUCUGUGUUCAACGCUAAGAUGGAUAAUAACUCGCCCAUGGGUUCAAUCUCGGCCGACGAGAUGGGCUCACAAGAAAGCAGAAGUCCAGAGCGCCCUGAGAAGGAUGAGUUCCUUCUAGGCAAUGAUUAUGUCCCCCCAACGGGUCUUCGGAAAUGGAUGCAGAUCCGGAUCGGUGACUGGCCGCUGUACUCCUUCUUCCUGGGCCUUGGCCAGAUUAUCGCGGCUAAUUCCUAUCAAAUCACGCUGCUUACAGGGGAGGUUGGUGAAACGGCGGAGAAGCUUUAUGGCAUUGCCACGGUUUAUCUCGUUGCAUCUAUCGUCUGGUGGUUCUUCUUCCGGUCAUUCAAGUCAGUCUUUGUUCUAUCACUUCCUUGGCUUCUGUACGGUCUCUCCUUCGUCAUCAUCGGAGUGGCACAUUUCGAGAAGGAUGGCUUCGCUCGCGGAUGGAUCCAAAAUGUGGGCGCAGGCGUGUACGCUGCGGCUUCGGCCAGUGGCUCUCUGUUCUUUGCGCUCAAUUUCGGUGAUGAGAACGGCGCACCGGUCAAGGAAUGGGUGUUCCGCGCGUGUGUCAUUCAAGGGUGUCAGCAAGCCUAUGUUAUUGGGUUGUGGUAUUGGGGUACAGCCAUUUCUCAGGCCGUUGAAAGUGGUGUUACCAAUGUUCAGGGUGAUAUCACGAAUACCUGGAAGAUGACAGCUAUCUGUCUUCCGAUCGCUGCAUUCCUUUGGGCCAUUGGUCUGCUGCUCUUCUUUGGUCUUCCGAGCUACUACCAUCAGACGCCGGGUAAAGUGCCCUCCUUCUACCAGUCUGUGUUCCGGCGCAAGAUCAUUCUGUGGAACUUCGUGGUCGUCAUCGUGUCGAACUUCUUCCUCAGCGCACCGUACGGACGCAAUUGGAGUUUCCUCUGGAGCUCUACCCAUGCGAAACCAUGGGAGGUAGGAGUGCUCGUUGUAGUUUUCUUUGGGUUCGUCUGGGCCGGCCUCCUCUUCCUAUUCGGAUACCUUUCGAGAACUCAUAGUUGGAUUCUUCCCGUGUUCGCGUGUGGUCUGGGCGCACCGCGCUGGGCGCAAAUCUGGUGGGGUGUCUCUGGUAUAGGUCUAUUCCUUCCCUGGGCCGGUAGCUACACGAGCGGUGCUCUCGUGUCGCGGAGUGUGUGGCUUUGGCUCGGAGUGUUGGAUGCUGUACAGGGAUUAGGAUUCGGUAUGAUAUUGCUGCAGACUAUGACGCGAAUGCACAUCUGCUUCACGCUCCUUGCAUCUCAGGUGUUGGGAUCCAUCGCCACGAUAUGCGCCAGAGCAUUCGGUCCGAACAAGAUCGGGCCGGGCCCGAUAUCGCCAGAUAUCACGGCUGGGGUUAGUUCGAUCGCCAAUGCCUGGUUCUGGAUUGCGCUUUUCUUCCAGCUUCUCAUUUGUGCUGGAUACCUUAUGUUCUUCCGGAAAGAACAGCUUACAAAGCCAUGAGAUCAAUGAAUUCGGGCAGAUGGUGCUGAUCUGCCGGUGCCAUCGAGGUCGAGUGACUUGUCCUUGACCAAGAUAAGGGCAU